AUGUCUUUCCUCACAGAGAACGUCAUCCGCCGUGUCGCCCUCGCACCUCGCGUUAUCGCCUUCCAGGCUCCUCGAACAUUCACCACGAGCUUUGCUUUGCAGCGAACUGCCACAGAUGCUGUCAAGGACACUGCCAAGAAGGUUGAUCGUGUUGUGAGCGACAAGAUUGUCGACGGCAUUGAGGCUGGCGAAAACGUUGCCUCGAAGGCCAAGGAUGUUGCCCAGGAUGUGACUGGUGGCAGCGCCACCGGAAAGGCACAAGAGCUCCGAGGAGAGGCUGCUGGCAAGGCCCAGGAGCUCAAGGGUGAAGCUAAGGGCGCUGCUGAGCAGGCCAAGGGCAAGGUGAAGGGUGCGGCUGAGGAGGUCAAGGGCAAGUUGUAA